UCAAAUGCACCUGAUAUUAUAGAGAAGAUGCAUUGUCUGUAUUUUUUAAUUUUAAUUCUGGAAAAUACGAUAUAAAUUCUAUCAUUAUAUUUAAUAUAAAUGAUUAAGAUAACAGAUAAUAUCGUCACGGAUAGGAGAUAAGGACUUUGAUACUAAAACUUAAAACCUGCUUUGAACGUUUAGUGAAUGUCUCGUCUGCUUCCACGAUACAAGUCUAAUCAUAUUUUCAGAACAAUGCUUUCCCCAUUUAAAUCAGUUUCGCGAUAUGUCGCGUCUGGAAUUUUAAAUCAUCAAAAUUAUCCGCGAUGUUUCUCUGUGUGGCACACUAAUUUUAAAGAACGACGUCAGCUUCGAAGAUCAAACGUUCAAGGAAGGAUGAAUUUUUCUCACUCAGUCAAAGUCGCUCACAUGAUCAAUUCCGGCGAAUUUCCUAUAAUAGAUAAAACUAUUGGACAGUUAUUAAGCGAGGCAGCUGCAGCAUGGCCCGAACGAACUUCUAUUGUUUCGAUUCAUCAAAAUAUUCGUUUGACGUUCAGCGAGCUUCUUCGGCGGGUCGACUCGUUGGCCGCAGGUUUCAAGAAGCUGGGCUUGAAGAAGGGCGAUCGACUCGGCAUUUGGGGUCCGAACGACCUGGAAUGGAUCAUAGCUUCCCUAAGUGCGUCGAGAAUAGGGUUAAUUGUCGUUGCAAUUAAUCCCGCCUAUCAGCAGAGUGAAUUGGUGUAUUGUUUGCAAAAAGUUGGCGUAAAAGGAAUUGUCUCACCCGACAAAUUCAAAGUACAGAAUUAUCCGCAGAUGUUGCUCGCCGCCAAAGAAGUGUGUCCUACUUUGGAGCAUAUUAUUAUUUAUUCGUCCGAUCACGUGACCGGUACGCAUCGUUUCGCCGACGUCGAAGCUUCGGCAACGAAAGCGGAAAUGGAGGAGAUCGCCGCCGAGCAAGACGAGAUAUCAUGCCACGACGGAUGUAACAUACAAUUCACAUCUGGCUCCACCGGGAGGUCCAAAGCUACGCUAAUCUCACACAGGAGUCUCGUAAAUAAUAGCAAAGAGGCCGCGCGAAGAGCGAAGAUAACUAUUGAGAAUAAAAUAUGUUUAAACAUGCCGCUCUUCCACGCGUUUGGUUUGACAAUGGGUAAAUUGCUUAUCCUUCAUACGGGAAGCACUCUCGUUAUGGAAGAACGUUCCUUCGAUCCAGUGAGGACCUUGGAGGCGAUAGCGCAAGAAAAAUGUGCCGUAACAUAUGGAACGCCAACUAUGUGGGUGAACUUAAUCGAAGCACAGCAACGGUUGCAGCUACCAACGGACAGUCUUCAGGUAGGAAUUACCGGUGGUGCACCCGCGUCUUCUGAACUCUUCAAGCGAAUACGAGGCUUGCUCGGCUUCAACGACAUGAUGAGUAUAUAUGGUCUCACAGAAACGACAGCCAUAGUAUUUCAAUCGAUACGUGGAGAGGACAGACAUCUUGCGGAGAGCACCGUGGGUCAUUUGGCGAAUCAUGCUGAAGCGAUGAUCGUUGGUCAAGACGGUUUGCCUGUUCCGUUUGGAAAACCUGGCGAACUUUGGGUUCGCACUUACAGCAAUAUGUUAUGUUACUGGGGCGACGAAGAAAACACGAAGAAGACGCUGACGGAGGACAACUGGUUGAAAACUGGUGAUCAGUUUGUCCUGCAAGAAAACGGAUAUGCUACUAUAGUCGGAAGACUUAAAGACAUGCUUAUUCGCGGAGGAGAAAAUAUCUUCCCCAAGGAAAUUGAGGACUUCCUGAUGACCCAUCCCAAAAUAAUGCAGGCGCAAGUUAUAGGAGCAUAUGAUGAAUUAUAUGGAGAAGAAGUUUGUGCGUGUAUUCAACUUCGUGACGGUGAAACGAUGACGAAGAACGAAUUAACGAACUAUUGUAGAGGCAAAAUAGCGCACUUCAAAAUACCGCGUUAUAUAGAAUUUAUAGACGAAUAUCCAAAGACCACGACAGGAAAAGUUCAGAAAUUCCGUCUAAAGGAACAAUUGGAGGCCAGUGGUGUAAUACCGGCAAGACCAAGUCAUUCAUGACAACCGCAAACAAUAAUUUUGAAGUAAUAAUUUUGAGGAAAA